ACGUAGAAAAACUAUCAAAUUCCCAAGUAGUUUAAUUUGAUUAAUAAUCAAAGAGAAUGUAUGUUGCGACUUGUUUAAAGUAAUGUCCAUGAAUACCACAACGUCAUAAUGGGUGACUUCCUCUUGAAUGAAAAUGUGAAUAUCAUCAAUACUUAAAUCUAAUUGUGUAGCUGGUAAGUCCAGUUGGUUGAGGUGCCGACUGCUGAUCUGUAGAUUGUGGGUUAUAGUCUAGCAAAGGUUUCUUCUCUCUCUCUCUCUCUCUCUCUCUCUCUCUCUCUCUCUCUCUCUCUCUCUCAUUACUUUCUACUAAAACUGCAUACUUAACUACAUGUGUAACUAAAUAAGGUAAUGAAAGUUUUCAAUUUCGAAGGAUGUGGGGCUCACGGCGGGUGUGACCGGUCGACAGGGGAUGCUUACUCCUCCUAGGCACAUCUGAUUCCACCUCUGGUGUAUCCAGGGGUCCGUGUUUGCCCAACUAUCUAUUUUGUAUUGCUUAUAGGAGUUAUGAGAUUGAUCAAUGUUCGAUCUUCACCUUUCAUAGUACAAAUCCCCACUUUCCUCCCAUAUCAGAUUUUUCUGAUGUGUUAUUCCUCCAUAAGGUAACUCCGCAUCUCUGAGUUGCACUUUACAUCACUUCCUUUACUUGAAUUGCAUCGGUUAAAUGAAAAUCAAAGAAGGACUUGGAAAGAGAGUCAAAAAUUUCUUAUAAUUUAGAUGCACGUUUUGAUUGAAAUAAAGGUAAAGGUGAAUAGUUAAUGAAGUCCGGAGUCCGUCGAUCUUCCGUUUUUCAAAACUGGUGUUUCCGGUUUUUUCAAAAUAUAGUCAUCGAGUUGAGCUAGAGUAAGCGGAAGGUCUUUAUCGUGUGUACUCUAGAUUUGGAGUAUUAUGAAGUAAUUUGUUUAAGUGAAUAAUUCAUUAUUUUUAUUCAAGUGCCUAUGCUCUGGCCAGUUAUAAUUAGGGGAUGGGGUAGAAAUUAAGCACAGCAAAUUGUAAGUCACAAUUAAACAGGUGGGUGAGUGACUAGAUUUGUUUAGUCAGUCGAAAAUCAAACAUUAAAAAAUUACGUCACCAAUCGAAGAACAAACUGCACGUAACUAUUGUUCUUGAGCUGCCGUUGGUCUGGCGAGCAUCGGAUGAUGGACAGUGGACGGUAGGUGUGACGCGUUGAUUCUCCGCUGACGUCAGUUGAUAAGGUGUAAUCAGUCGUGUACCGGUAUAGUGCUGUCUACAGAUUAUUCAUGAGUACCGCAGUCAUUUCGGAAUGUGACCAAUGUUUGUCGAUUGUCGGACGGCAAUGCGCAGAUUGUUACAUGACAGUAUACCAAUCACCGCACACUAAUUAAGACAUUGGGGCUAAAAUCGGGGGUAGUUCACAUAAAGCUGGUGUUGUGUCUCAUUGAGUGAAACAAUGGGACGCAAUAUAGAAAUAAAAACAUACGGUGUACAUUGUACCAUGACGUCAAUGAACGAUGUGAGAAAAUUAUUGCUUUACCCUAUCAACACAAAAUGAUCUUCCGACCCCCUCACCCCAAAGCAAACGACAAAAAACAAACUAAAACGAGCAAACAAGAUUAUUACUUGACCCAAUCUUCCGAUGAACACAAACAAACAAACAAAAACACUAAAUCGAACACACGGACGGCAGACAGUCAACAGACAAUUGUUCGAAAUAUCCCUUUUCAGCCUCCCAGAUUGUUGUGUCUCUCGCCAUAUUUGAAUUGUGACAACAUUUAACUUAGCUAAAUGCAAACACACUCCGCAACGGCUGAUGGCCCAAUCAUUGCCUUAUCUUUGUUUUAAUCGCACUGACAAGAUAUCCGUGUCCAAUAUUUGCACUGAGUACUUAAAAAAAAAAACCUACUGAGGUAAAAUCAGCGAACAGAUUUUGAGGUUAUAUAUUUAAUGAUGUGCGCACCCUUGUGAUAAAAACGAGAGCGUGUGAUUUACUGUCUCUAAAUUCAUAUGUUUAAGAUAGCAAGGCGAUCCUCAUCGAUUCUAUUGCUUCCUGUUUGAACAGUUAAUCAAACAUAAGUCCGGAUUUUACAUAUCAAACUUAACAAGGUGUUUCAUGGCGGGAUGCGAGGUACGAUCGUUUAUUGUUUUUCUGUGCAUGGUGGUGACUUUGGUGAGCACAGGUUCCGCUAAAUAUGCACGACAAGUGCUGCUGGUAUCCAUGGACGGUUUCCGGUGGGACUAUGUGAACCAAACGUCAACUCCAAACUUUGAUCGCAUGGCUCGACAGGGUACCCAUGCGCUGUAUAUCAACAGUACCUUUAUAACGAAAACAUUUCCUGACCACUAUACCAUCGUAACAGGACUUUAUGAGGAGAGCCAUGGAAUCCUUGGAAACCGGAUGUACGACCCAGUUUUUAACGCUACAUUCAGCCGCGAAAACCAGGAAAGUCGGUGGUGGGACGGCGGAGAACCACUCUGGGUAACUGCCAGAAAUAACGGUCGGAAGAGCGCCACUUUCUACUGGCCCGGAAGUGAAGCCGAGAUUCGCGGAGUCCGUCCUAACAUUUGGCUUCCGUACAAUGAAAGUGCCCCUUUCCGCCCGCGAGUAGAUCGCGUCAUGGAUUGGCUUGUGAAUGACUCCAUUGACUUCGUUACGCUCUACUUUCACGAACCUGACAAGACGGGUCACAAGUACGGACCGGACUCGACUCAAAUUCUUGGUAAGGUCAGGGAAAUGGACGGAAUUCUGGGAUACAUUUUGGAUAAUCUAGAAAAGUUCUCUUUGAAGGACAAAGUCAAUCUGAUAGUCCUAAGUGACCACGGAAUGACCUCAAUAGACCUUCAACGACGGUUGAUCGACAUUACCGAAGUUAUUGACAUGGAAGAGGACGUUUUGUUCACGCUUGACAGCGGCCCAAUCAUGCAUAUAAAUCCCAGAAAGGAUCCAAGAUACGUCGUACAAAAAAUUCGGAAUGCUACAGUCCCACAUUUAACUGUCUAUCUAAAAGAAGAGAUACCCAUAAAAUGGCAUUAUGGGAAUAACCGCAGGGUGAUGCCAAUCUUCGCCACAGCCGAUGAGGGUUGGGCGAUAGUAACGGUAGGUUUCUCUGGUGGUGAGCUGAUGAAGGUAACGGUAAGUUUCUCUGGUAGUGAGCUGAUGAAAGUAACGUUAGGUUUCUCUGGUAGUGAGCUGAUGAUGGUAACGGUAGGUUUCUCUGGUAGUGAGCUGAUGAAGGUAACGGUUGGUUUCUCUGAUAAUGAGCUGAUGAAGGUAACAGUAGUUUUCUCUGAUAGUGAGCUGAUGAAGGUAACGGUUGGUUUCUCUGGUAGUGAGCUGAUGGAGGUAACGGUAGUUUUCUCUGAUAGUGAGCUGAUGAAGGUAACGGUUGGUUUCUCUGGUAGUGAGCUGAUGGAGGUAACGGUUGGUUUCUCUGGUAGUGAGCUGAUGGAGGUAACGGUAGGUUUCUCUGAUAGUGAGCUGAUGAAGGUAACGGUUGGUUUCUCUGGUAGUGAGCUGAUGGAGGUAACGGUAGGUUUCUCUGAUAGUGAGCUGAUGAUGGUAACGGUAGUUUUCUCUGGUAGUGAAUUGAUGAAGGUAACGGUAGUUUUCUCUGAUAAUGAGUUGAUGGAGGUAACAGUUGAUUUCUCUGAUAGUGAGCUGAUGAUGGUAACGGUAGGUUUCUCUGGUAGUGAAUUGAUGAAGGUAACGGUAGUUUUCUCUGAUAAUGAGUUGAUGAAGGUAACAGUUGAUUUCUCUGGUAGUAAGCUAAUGAAAGUAACGUUAGGUUUCUCUGGUAGUGAGCUGAUGAGGGUUGGAUUAUAGUAGCGACAGGUUUCUCUGAUAGUGAGUGGUAAGCUUUAUUCAGUAUGUGAUACCGCCUGCAUGCUUACUUUGAAUGAUAAGAAACUGUGCAAAAUUUAGGGACAUUUACAGAUACAUGAAUCGGUAUACAAAUCUACGUUCUAACAGGUCACGAUGACCCAAUGGUCAAAGGCGUUCUCUUUCUGAGCAAGAGGUGGUAGGUUUGAAUCCUCCAUCCUCCUUAUGCCGCGUCAAACCAAAGAAGUAUAGAAAUAAAUAGCGAGAUUCGUCGGGUUUUGGAUAAGACCUUAAAAAUGGUAGACGUUGGUACGAUAAACAACCCUCACUGCUGCGGCACAUCUUCACAAAUCAAGGGUUAUUGGUUCGUUACCACGCACUAACCCUUGCCAUUAGUCGCUAUAUAAAAGUUGGGCUCAUUAGACCAUUACGCAAUCCACUAUAAAUAAAACAUCCAAUGAAAUCACUGCAUCUUGUUAUGGUGGGCAUGGAUACAAAUGACGCGAUCUCAUAUUGGGCACUGUAUUGAUAAACACUCGCAAUUGUAAUAUUUACACCACUAAUUAUGUUUAUUGAUGGUAGAUCAAGUUUGGAAACCUUUUUGCUUAAGACAAUAUUACUUAAACGAUUGAAAUAGCCAUAACUAUAGGUAGCAAUACACGUGUUUUUAGCCGAGUUGCAACGAAGUUGAACUCGGCUAUUGGUUUGGUGAUGCGGGCGGGCGGUUGGGCGUAAACAAUUGGUUUCCGGAUGAUAACUCGAAAAGUUUACAAUCUAAUCAAAUGAAACUUAGAUAUGUUGUUGGGUACCAGGUAAGGAAGACGGCUAUUAAUUUUGGAGAAAAAUGGCCAAAGGUCAAGGUCACGGUGACCGAAAAUAGAAUGAAAAUUUCAGAAAAAUUUCGUUUCCGGAUGAUAACUCAGAAAGUUUAAAUCCGAAUCAAGUGAAACUUUAAUAUAUUGUUGGGUACCAGGUAAGGAAGACCCCUAUUAAUUUUGGAGAAAAAUGGUCAAAGGUUAAGGUCACAUUGACCGAAUAUAGAAUGAAAAUUUCAGAAAUAUUUGGUUUCCGGAUGAUAACUCAGAAAGUUUAAAUCCGAAUCGAAUGAUAUUUAAAGAUAUUGUUAUGUACUAAGUAAGAAAGACCCCUAUUGAUUUUGGAGAAAAUAGGUCAAAGGUCAAAGUCACAGUGACCGAAAAUAGAUUUAAAAUUCCAAAAAAAAUUGGUUUCAGGAGGAUAACUCGAAAUUUUUUAAUUUGAAUCAAAUGAAACUUGGAUAUAUUGUUGGAUACCAAGAAAAAAGGUCAAAGAUCAAGAUCACAGUAACCGAAAAUAUAUUGAAAACUUGAGACAAAUAUGGUUUCUGGAUAGUAACUCGAAAAGUUUAAAACUGAAAUUAGUUCUUCACAAUUAUAAAUAUGCCACAUCAUUCCUGACUUUACAAUAUAUCCCAUGCAACUCGGCUCAUGCACCCCUGAGUGCAUAUAUUGAUUUUUAUUUCUCUCGCUUGAAUAGAACCGCAUUCUCAUUGUUUCCCACUCUUUUGUGGAAACAAUCAGAACGAGCCCAACUUUUUGAUAGUCACUGAUGUCAAGGGUUAGUGCGAGGUAACGAAUCAAUAACCCUUGACUUGUGAAGAUGACUGCGGCACUGAGAGUCAUGUAUAGGUCCAACUUAUGGCAUUUCACCGACAGCUAGUGGCGUUUCGAUAAGAGUGAAAAAAAUCCUCAAAGGGUCGUUAAUGUAUUAGAACUAUUACUUAGCAGAAUCUAUGUUUGUUUAAUCGACAUUUGUAGGUCAUCUGAGUAAACUCGGGUGACAUAUUGCAAUAGCUUUGCGUCCGGCGACGUGCGUCUUGCAUUAACAAUUCAACAUUUUUAACUUCUUGAUAACUACCAUUCCAAUGCUUUUCAAAUUUUGUAUGAAGCAUCACUGAAACAGGGGGGGGGGGGGGCAUAAAUUGUAAAUGUUAGGAAUACUACACCUCUGGGGUCUGAGAGUCGGGGCAAAAAUGCCAAAAUAUAUAGUGAUGUUGAGCAUGAAGGCCUCUUCCAAAAUUUCAUGAUCCCAGGGGUAUAAGUUCCGACCCUAGGGCGGGGUCAAACUUAGUACAUAGAGUUUUAUAUGUAAGACAUUUGAAUAACACCCUCUUUAGCGCUAUUGAUACUAAAUCAAAACAAAAUAUUAUUUAAAAAGAACAGGUAGUCUUUUACCAAAAUUGUAAAUUUGAUGAUCCCAGGGGUAGGGGUUUUGGUAUCAGGGUGAGGCCAAAAUGGUAUGUUAUUAGAUUUGUGAACAAUAGAACAUUUUCUUCUAGAUAACUACCAUUACUAUUUUUGGGGGACAAGGGGACCUCAAUUGUAAAUUUCUGGAUUCCUGCACCCCUGGGGCCUUAGGGGGCGGGGCAAAAACUGCCAAAAAUUUACCGAUUUUCAAAUUCCUCUCUACAACCGCACAUGUGUAAGAAAAUAUAAAUGCAUAGAGAUGUAGAUCAGGUAGACCUCUACCAAAAUCUUAAAUUUCAUGAUCCCCGGGGUGGAGGUUCUGACUCCAGGGAUGGGCCAAACUUGGUAUAAUAACAAUACAUGUGUAAAACAAUUAGUUAAUACCUGUUUUAGUGCUAUUGAUACUAAAUUGAAACUAAAUAAAUAUUGUAAAUUUCAUGAUCUUAGAAGGUAAGGGUUUGUUUCCAGGGUUGAGCCAAAAUUGUUAUAGUGAUUAUAUUUUCUUUAUCAUUUGAAAUACUUUUUGAAGUUUGCUGAUAUGGUAUAAAAACUAAAUGCAUAUUUAGGAAAAGCAGAAAAGAGUGUACCCAACCUGUGAAUUUUGCAACCCCAGGGUAUUGACUCUAGGAUGGGUCCAAAUUAGUCAUAUUAUGUUAAUGUUACACUAUCAUAUUAUGUAAAGCCUAGCCUUUCAUCACUAUAGCAUUUUCGAGGGCAUUUAUAAGAAAGAUGUGUUCUUGAAACUUAUAAUUGUACUUUUGUUGAAUAUUACUACAUGUAUUCAAAAACAGGACCCCCCCCCCCCCCAGAUUCCAUAGGCCUUGGGACUAGUUUUACUUAAAAUUAAUACUCAGGUAACCGAUAAGGCCUGUUGGCCUCUUGUAAAAGAAAUAAUUGCGUAUGUGUUUUACUUAUCUUCGAAAAACUUCACUCAUAUUUAGACGUCACCAGGUGUAGAUGAAGUGCCACGGAUUUACUUUUACACGGCCAAGGCACGAGCGGAGCUCGAACCCACGACCCACCCAUCCCCCUUCCCCGUCAGCAAACGCUCUAACCACUGAACCAUAGCGAAUGGUUUAAAAAUUGUUAGUGAAUAUAAGAAUUAUACAAUGAUAAAGAGAAAUACAAUGUUCUUCAUUACAGAACGCCACUAUUGCAAAAACAUGGACCGAGAAAGGCGACCACGGAUACGACAACGCUUUGCUCAGCA